CAAGCUGAUGAACAGAGCAGGGAAAGAGAGCGUGAUGGAGAGAGGCGAGGUCAACGGGUGAGGUCCAUAGAGAGUGGAGGAGGUAAAGAAGGAAGGAGAGAGGGAAUAAAAGGAGGUUAGACUAGACUGGUCUACAUGCAUGUUGACAGGAUGACGAAUCAGCAACCAGCCCACCAGUCUAACAAGGCUCAUUAUGAUGAGGCACUGCCACCCAUUGUUGGCGCUGGAGUGUUGGACUUGUUGGAGCCCAAACUUCCCAAGAGUUUCUUGGGAACCUACUGUGGCUUCCUCAUCCGAAACUCACUGCUGGCCCUCACUAUACUGGGUGUAAUAGCGGGGUCGCUGUUUGGGAUGCUGCUGCGGUAUGUUUCUAUUACAGACCCCAACACCCUAAUGCUGGUGUCCUUUCCUGGAGACAUCCUCAUGAGGAUGCUGAAGAUGCUCAUCUUGCCCCUCAUCAUCUCCAGCCUCAUCACAGGUCUGGCUGGUCUGGAUGCUCGUUCCAGUGGGAGGAUGGGCUCCAGGGCCAUGGUCUACUACAUGUCCACUACAGUCAUCGCUGCCAUCCUGGGGGUCAUCCUGGUCCUGGGGAUCCACCCGGGAAACCCCAAACUCAGGAGCAGUCAGGAGCAGAACGCCGCCCCCAAGAACCAAGAGGUCAGCAGUCUGGACGCCUUCCUGGACCUCAUCAGGAACCUGUUCCCUGAAAACCUGGUGCAGGCCUGCUUCCAACAGGUUCAAACAGUAGCAAAGAAAGUGUCAGUGAUACCCCCGAACCAGACAGAACCUGUCAUAGUCAGCAAGAAGAAACUGGAGUUCAAAUGGGGCAUGAAUGUUCUGGGUUUAAUUGGGUUCUUCAUCACAUUUGGAAUGUGCAUGGGGAAGAUGGGAGAGAAGGGGAAGCUCAUGUCAGAGUUCUUCAACAUCCUCAACGAGAUCAUCAUGAAGAUGGUGGGCAUGAUCAUGUGGUACUCUCCAGUUGGUAUUGCCUCUCUGAUCUCAGGGAAAAUAGCAGCCAUCGGGGACCUGGAGGUGGUGGCCAGACAGCUGGGCAUGUACAUGGUGACUGUCAUAGUGGGCCUGAUGAUCCACGGGGGCAUUAUCCUGCCACUCAUCUUCUUCACCAUCACAAGGAAGAGCCCCUUCACCUUCUACUCUGGGAUCUUCCAGGCCUGGAUCACUGCCCUGGGCACCGCCAGCAGUGCGGGAACGUUACCUGUCACGUUUCGCUGUCUGGAGGAGAAUCUGAAGAUCGAUAAGCGUGUGACGCGUUUCGUGCUGCCCAUCGGAGCCACCAUCAACAUGGACGGUACAGCCCUGUACGAGGCGGUGGCAGCCAUCUUCAUUGCUCAGAUGAAUGACAUCAACCUGGACGCAGGACAGAUCGUUACUGUCAGUAUGACAGCUACCCUGGCCAGUGUGGGAGCGGCCAGUAUUCCCAGUGCAGGCCUGGUCACCAUGCUGUUGAUCCUUACAGCUGUGGGCCUGCCCACCCAGGACAUCAGCCUGCUCAUCGCUGUAGACUGGCUGCUUGACAGAAUGCGUACCUCAAUCAACGUGGUGGGCGACUCGUUUGGGGCUGGGAUUGUGGACCACCUGUCCAGGGCAGAGCUAGCUGAGAUUGACGCGGAUCUCCUCUCCCCUGAGGAUGAGGAGUUCAUCCCCCCGCCCCCUGUCCUCACUGAGAUGGACCUGGUGGACCCCAUGAGACCCCCCGAGUUACCCCCGCGCUCCCCCCGCCCGCACAAACUAAACCACCACGGCCACUCUAACCUGUCCCAGAUCUACUCCAUCACCAACUCUCCCCGCUCCGUCCGCUCUCCGUCCCCCCGUUCUGUCCGCUCUCCCUCCCCGCGCUCCAACUGUUCCCACUCCCACUGCCCACGGCCCUCUGCCUUCCGUACCCACUCCCCACGCAUUCUCCGCAGAACAGAGCCUGGCUACUGCGCCCUGCCCAGCCACGACAACCAGAUCCCCACACUCCCUCGCUCCCACAGAGAGAGAGACAGAGGGGAUAGAGACAGAAGGGAAAGAGACAGGGAAAGAGACAGAGAAAGAGACAGGGAAAGAGACAGGGAAAGAGAAAGAGAAAGUGACAGAGGAAGAGACAGAGAGAGGGAGAGACUGCGGGGGCGAGAGAGCGACCGGUAUCAGAGCGAGACAGAGGAAGAGGAGGAGAGGGAUAAGGUGCUGGAUGAAGGGAGUGAAGGAGAAGAGAGUGACGACACUGCUUACGACCGCAGGAACACCAUCCUGCCCUGCGACCUGCCCUGAUUGGGAUGCCUCUAUGAAAACACUUCUGUUUUACCACAGUUUUACUACACUUCCCCCAAUUUACUGCACUACCACCUAGUACCACUGUGGUGUUUUUGAUAGAGGUCUGGGUUGGUGGAUGCAGUGCUCUACAAGUUACUAUUUAGCAGUUGUCUGAUUUGAGUGUUCUUGUGUGAUUUGAGUCUUGUUUGACAUGAUCAGUGACCGAUAAGCUUGCUUUGAGCGAUGAUGAUAUAUCUGUUGCUAUGGCAACACCCUUUAAUAAUCGUUAAAGAAGGGUUCAUGCCCUAACUUUUGCACUUCAGUGUGCUGCAGAAGGGAGCUUUAACUUAGUGUUGUGUCCUCUGUCAACCCAGCUCUAUUCUCUCAGAAUCAUUGUCUUUUUCUAAUAAUUUUAGCUAGCCAGUUCCUCAACCUUAUCCUCUACCCUCUAGUGUGGCUGAGAGAGAUGCUGUAUUGAGAUCUUUGUGUUGAGGCUUGUCAAUUUGUGUUCAGUGUCAGUUAACGCAGAAUCAUAAAUGUUGUCUCUUCUCAACUUCCAAAAAGUCAUCUGUAGAACGUCAUCCAUCUCCAGCAGUACAGUAUAGAAUGAUUCAACAAAUAAAUAAUAAUUAUACUUAUAUGUAAGUUAAAAUGUAUGAUAAACUUGUGUGUAGCAACUAUAUGUAAUUAAAGGGAA